AUGGAAGUCAGCAAGCGCUAUCUGUGGCUCGCUGCCUUUCAACUGUUUUGGUUCAUGUGUGUGGUGGAAUCGUACCCGGAUGGUGCCAAUUUUUACAAAGACUGGCUGCGAGGUAGAAACGAGGAAGAUGUCGAGCGAAUGAUAGCCGAGGAUCAAUUCGAGGCUCCGAAGCUUUUCUUUUACAGAACUCCAAGUUCCUUUACGGAUCUCGGGAUGGGUGACCCAUUGGAGAAGAGGACGGUCAACAGGUACAAAAACAUGAUGCUCACUAAGGACAGCCUUGAUGUGCCGCUGAUCGAUGACGUCGAACAAACGAAGGAAGCGACACGGUUCUUCUUCCCCCGCGUCAACCCCAAACGGUCGCCGGGUGCCAUCCUUAGCUGGGCCAUUCCGGCCGCAAAUCGAGUGCGUGUCAUCAGCACGAACUAUCGCCCACCAGGCAUCAAUCGGCCUGCCGCUUAG